UUUAUUCCUACAGACACAGACUCAGACUCCUUUACAAAAAACAUUAAAAUAAUAGACGACUCCUUUACAAAAGAAAAAGAAAACAUUAAAGAAAGAAAAAGAGAAGGCACCACAACGACAAGCCUUCCUUCCUGGGCCUUUAUAAACACAACAAAUGCCUCCUCCAAUCUCCCCUUUCUCCUCCUCCUCCUCCUCUCUUACUUUGCUUCUUCUUCUUCUUUUUCUCUUUGGAGUUUCAGGUUUGAUUUUGCUUUAAUGGGUUUGUUUGUGGAGGAUUCCGGUGUAAUAUUAACCCAAGCAGCUUUAAUACUAGCUGUUCUGAGAUGGGUCUUGACCUGGGUUCUCAGAUUCAGAAACAGAGAUGAUAAUGAUAAGUCCCAGGAUCACCGUCCACUUAUUUCGUCACAGAUGAUCAGAGAGAGUCUUACGUUGUCAACAUUUGGUGAUAUCAAGGAGCGGGCGCCACUAAUUUCUGACACGUGUGCCGUGUGUCUGGCCCAGUUGAGUGAGCCCGAUGAGGUGAGAGAGCUGAGGAACUGCUGCCACGUGUUUCACAAGGACUGCAUUGACAGAUGGUUGGAUUAUGAUCAGGAUCAUGAUGAUCAUGAGAAUCACAAGACUUGUCCGCUCUGUAGGGCCCCUUUGUUGACGUCGUCUCAAAGUGUGGGCUGGGCCCAGUCCGAGCCUAGUUGGGCCGUGGAGAGGCUUCUAUACUUGUUUGGAGACGAUCUGCUCUAGCGAUCCAUUUAAAUAAAUUUCACAAUUCAUUGCAUGCCAUUUAGCAAUUUAUGAUGUUAUGUUAUUGAUAGUGUAAUCUAGGGCAUUUUUUGGGCUGUAAA